AUGCUGCUGGAGAAGCCCGAGGACGUCAAACACGAGAAUUCGUCGGGUACCGUGUGCGCCAUCUACGGUGUGGACGCGCACCCGACGCUGCAGCUUUUUGCGACGGCAGGUGGAGACAACACAGUAAAGAUAUGGUCGUUGCAGACGCCAGCCGAGGGAGGAAUUGCCACCUUUGAGCUGCUGGCUACAUUGGCGAACCACCAACAGGCCGUCAACUGUGUGCGCUGGGCAGGCCAUGGUCGCUACUUGGCCUCAGGAUCGGACGACCAACUGGUGCUGCUCUAUGAACUACAAGCAGGUGCUCCAGCUCCUGUCCCCUUCGGCUCCAACGCAAGACCCAACAAGCAGAACUGGGUACGCUGCUCCACACUCGAGAGGCACACGAUGGAUGUGGCGGACGUGGCGUGGUCGCCGGACGAUCGGAUGCUGGCAACCUGUAGUAUCGACAAUACCAUUUUGAUCUGGGACGUUGGCGUGGGUGCAGUGAGUGAAGUCAUGACGCAACCACUGCAGACGCUUACAGGACACAACGGAUGGGUCAAGGGCGUUGCGUGGGAUCCUGUUGGCAAGUAUCUGUCGAGUGCUGGAGAGGACAAAACGGUGCGGAUGUGGAAGGUAGCUGACUGGCAGCAGUCCGACGUCGUGACGGAACCGUUCGAGGGGUGUGCUUCCACUUCACACUUCCGUCGGCUUUCGUGGUCUCCUGAUGGAUCGGUCCUCUGUGCCACACACGCCUUCAGUUCCAAGAAAAACAUCGCGUCACUGCUUAACCGCGGAUCCUGGACAAACGAUCUCAAGUUUGUGGGUCAUCAGGGCGUCGUGACCAGUGCACGAUUUAACCCUAAAUUACUGGUAACAAAGGCAGAUCCGGAUAAGGAAUUCGCAUGCUGCGCUGUGGGUGGUGAAGAUGCGACUGUAAGCAUCUGGCUGGCACAUCUAGCUCGCCCAUUGGCGGUGAUCAAGGAUUGCUUUGAUUCAUCAGUCACAGAUCUCACUUGGUCUAGCUCCCAGUCACUUCUUCUCGCGUGCUCGCUCGAUGGAUCUAUCUGCUGCUUUCAGUUCGCAGGCGACGAGAUUGGUACUCCGAUCUCUGACGCGCAGCAGAGUAAACUUCUUCAGGCAAAGUAUGGAUCCCGUGCCGGCAUUACCCUUGCAUCGACUCUUGUGGAGAAUCCAAUUCAACUUCAGCUUGAAGAAAAGUCGACAACUUCACCACGUUUGGCUGUCAGUCAGAGUUCUGGUACAAUUGCUGCUCCCGUUGUAGCCCACACAACAAACACCCUCAUUCCAAAGAAGAAGAAGAAGCUUGGCACACAAGCAUCUAGUGCGCUUCAAAGCAAAUUACCGCCUGGAACGAACGCAAGCGACAAAAAGCGGAUCGCUCCGGUGCUCCUUCAAGCUGACGCGCAAUCUUUAGCCAACAAUCCCGCCUCAUCACAUAACAAUAUCCGCAAUAUCUUGGGCCCGACAAUCUCGUCACCUACAGCGUCGGACGUGACACUCUUGGAUUCUCGCAUGGCGUCAACAAGUGGAAAGGAGGUUAGCGUUGCCCCCGACACGAACAAUUCUGCAAAGCUUUCGUCGAGUUCUGCGCCGAGCCAUAGCGAGAAGACAGGACCCGCUCCCAAGGAAAAACCCGCUAUGUCGAAGACAACCGAUGCCCAUUCUAAACCGUCGAAGAUGGAAGUGAAGAAAAACGGGGUCGACGGAAAUUCUCUUAAGAGAAAACGAGAAAGUGAGCGUCCUCCAAUUCACACCACUACUGUGGUUGCAAAGUCGAGGGAAGUUGUUGCGCGGCCUCCGAAGCUCCUGAAUGAAAGCAGUGCUGGAGUGGCCAGAGGUGGCCAGCUGCUUCCUGAUUUCCCAUUCAGACUGCAGUUUUCUGUAGAAAUCGACGCAUCGACACGAUCCAAUGCGGCAAACCCCAGCUCGAACGGUAGAACAGAAAGUGGAUUGGUAUCUCCGAAAGCGGUGGUGGAAGUUACUGUUCAUAACCUGAAGAAUCCCCAGCCAGAAGAAGUCAUAGAAUUAGGCCCAGUUUAUUCGACUAUUAAAUGCUCCGACGGUAGCGAAGUCAAGUGGAUCGACCGUAUUCCGGGCCGAGCCGUGUGUGCAGUGGGAAACGCGAGUUAUUGUGCUAUCGGUGUACACAAUGGCGACCUUCUUGUACUCAACAGCAGCGGACGACGACUGUUUCCUGCUAUUGCUUUGGGUAGUGCCAUCUCAGUAAUGGAGUGCAGUGCGAGCGAGUCGCCCUAUCUGUUGGUAAUUCUGGCGACAGGUGAUCUCAAAAUCUGGAAUCUAGCGGAGCGCAAGCUCGUGCUCUCAAGCUCCAUCGAGGCAAUUACAAAUAUCACGCCAGAAGACCAUCGGAAGUUGACACUUCUCCGGUGUCAAGUGACGACAAAAGGAAUGCCGCUUAUCACGUUUGCAGAGUCCAACUCGGAAACGAAAGGUAACUCCAGCUUGCUCUCAUACACAUUCGACACUGGAAUGUCAUCAUGGAUGCGGGUGGCGGACGAUAGCUUCGUUUUCUCGGAUUUUGCGUCUGCCUUACCCACAGAUGCAGUCACAGUCAAAAGUGUUCCUAUCGGGCCAUUACGACGGCUUCAAAACGCGUCUGGCUAUGGCCGGACCCAGAGAGGAAUCGCGUCGGCAAUGCUUUCGACUAUGUCGGACCCGCUGAUGCAGCGCAACGUGACACGCUCGCACCUCGAGCACCAAGUUGCCACUGCGAUCAUAUUGAAGAGCUCUGCCGAGUAUCGGUAUUGGAUACAGGCGUAUGCGAGGUUCCUCACACAUGACGAGGAUGUCACUCGGUUGGACGAUCUCUGUGCUGAAAUGAUGGGUCCAUUCCACGCGCCGUCGUCGCCGAUUGCAAUGGAUGACGAGAACUCCACAUCAGAUGUAGGCAGCGAGUGGGAGCCGAUGGUGCUGGACCUCGUAAAACGGGACGUGCUGAAGUUACACAUCCUGCCCACAAUCGCAGCUAAUCGCGCGUUGCAGCGUGUGGUGACUAAGUACCAACUCAUGCUGAGCGAGAUUGAAGCUCGGGAGAAGACGGAAGAAGUCGAGGACGAGUCUUAG